ACGGUCCUUCCAGUGUGGGGUUGUCACCACCAACUACAUCCUACACUCCUAUAGAGGGACAGACUCUCCCUACCGUCACGUGUUCGUCUGACUGUAACCCAGUCUGUACCUACAGCUGGACAAAGGAUGGACAGCCCCACACAGCAGGGUCAGGUCUCCAGCUCACCAACAUACAACGUGAUGUGANAGACGGUCCUUCCAGUGUGGGGUUGUCACCACCAACUACAUCCUACACUCCUAUAGAGGGACAGACUCUCCCUACCGUCACGUGUUCGUCUGACUGUAACCCAGUAUGUACCUACAGCUGGACAAAGAAUGGACAGUCCCACACAACAGGGUCAGAUCUCCAGCUCACCAACAUACAACGUGGUCAGACGGGCGUGUACAGGUGUACGGCCAGUAACACAUACGGGAGUCGGACCUCUAGUGACGUCACUGUUACUGUCAAAU